AUGGCGACGAGUAGGAUGAUUGGACGAGUGUCACCAUCGAGCUCGAAUCCGGGGUCUUCAUCCCCGAUAAAGGUGUUGAUCACGAAGCCGCCGCGGUUGGGUGAAAUCGUGGUCUUCGGGUCCCUGUAUACGGUGUACAAGGACCCGCGCAACAAGAACUUCACGCUUACGGCCCAAGAGAGCAUGCUUAUCGGCGUUGGUGAAGAGAUCGAGGGCUACUGCGUGUACUUGCCUAAGGACAAGGUAGUCACCAUGGCGCAAAACGUAACGACCAUUGAAACGCUCGACAAGACGCAGAGCGAGCAGGUUCAGUGCUUGUACUCGCGCGAGGACUCGGCCGAGUCUGAGGAGGAGCACUUCAGCGUGGAUGCGAUGUCUGGUGUACCGCAAAAAGGGCCGCGUGCCUGCGAAGCACGGAUAUGUGGCCAUGCUUACACCAAGACCGACAAGGAGGUCGAACUGAAGCUCAUUCCGCAUGGAAUGAUCGUCACGGAGGAUAUCACGAAGGCGUUGAAUAUUACGAGCGUGAACGAGCUUGCACUGGAGCUCCACAAGGCGCUCUAUGGUCUCAAACAGGCCGGCAGACGCUGUAAAAAACCACUUCACCAGGAACUGGUCGAGAUCGGUCUCGUACAGAGCUUAGCGGAACUGUGUGUGUACUUCAGAUCCUGGGACGGCGAUUUGCUUGUGUUGGGCGUAUACGUGAAUGGCAUCCUGGGCUCGGGUGUCGGCUGA